GUAACUAGGACUCCAGGCUGGGAAGAUGCUGAGUUCCAUCAAGUGUGUGUUGGUGGGAGAUUCAGCUGUGGGGAAAACCUCUCUGCUGGUGCGCUUCACUUCAGAGACCUUCCCUGAGGCCUACAAGCCCACGGUGUAUGAGAACACAGGUGUGGACGUCUUCAUGGAUGGCAUCCAGAUCAGCCUGGGCCUCUGGGACACAGCAGGUAAUGACGCCUUCCGAAGUAUCCGCCCCCUGUCCUACCAGCAGGCCGACGUGGUGCUGAUGUGCUACUCUGUGGCCAACCAUAACUCUUUCCUGAACCUGAAGAACAAGUGGAUUGCCGAAAUCAGGAGCAACUUGCCCUGCACCCCCGUGCUGGUGGUGGCCACCCAGACGGACCAGCGGGAGAUGGGAACCCACAGGGCCUCCUGCAUCAGUGCCAUGGAAGGGAAAAAACUGGCCCAGGAAGUGAGAGCAAAGGGCUAUCUGGAGUGCUCGGCCCUCAGCAACAGGGGGGUUCAGCAGGUGUUCGAGUGUGCUGUCCGGACUGCUGUCAACCAAGCCAGGAGACGCAACAGAAGGAGGUUCUUCUCCAUUAACGAGUGCAAGAUUUUCUAG